AUGGAAUGUCAUCUCGAGGCGGAUCCACAACCAACAAUCGCCUGGCAACAUUCUGGAAAUCUUCUAGAACCUUCUGGAAGAGUUGUACAGACAUUGACACCAUUAGGAGGAAGUCUGUACAAAGCGACAUUAGUUAUCAAGGAACCAAACGCAGGCGAUGGAGGUGCCUACAAAUGCACAGCAAAGAAUCAAUUGGGUGAAUCGAACGCCAAUAUAAAUCUGAAUUUCGCUGGCGCUGGAGGAGAUGAAGCCAAGUCCCGUGGCCCAUCUUUUGUCGGAAAACCACGAAUUAUUCCAAAAGACGGUGGAGCUUUAAUUGUAAUGGAAUGUAAAGUGAAAAGUGCAUCAACUCCAGUCGCAAAAUGGAUGAAAGAUGGAGUUCCAUUGAGUAUGGGUGGUCUGUAUCAUGCCAUUUUCAGUGAUCUCGGUGAUCAAACAUUUUUGUGUCAAUUGGAGAUUAGAGGUCCAUCAUCCUCUGACGCAGGACAGUAUCGAUGUAACAUAAGGAACGAUCAAGGAGAAACAAAUGCCAACUUGGCAUUGAACUUUGAAGAACCAGAUCCAGCUGAAAGACAAGAAAGAAAACGAUCAACUGCUUCACCAAGACCAUCGUCCCGUGGUCCAGGAAGUCGUCCUUCUUCCCCCAAAAAAUCAAUGAAAUCCAGGGAAGGAACUCCAAAAAGAACAUUGAAACCGAGAGAAGGAUCUCCAUCAAAGAAGUUACGAUCCCGAACAUCAACCCCAGUGAACGACGAAGUGUCACAAUCGGAGUCCCGCCGAUCGAGUAGAACAGAAAAGAUGGAAGUAGAUCAAGUAUCAGGAGCAUCGAAACGAAAACCUGAUGGAUUACCGCCUCCAGGAGGUGAUGAAAAGAAACUUCGAGCGGGAAGUCCAUCCGCAAGAAAGUCACCAUCAAGAAAGAGUCCAUCACCAACACCUUCUAGAAAAACCAGUAAGACAGGUGGUGCUGCUGGAACUGCAGCUGCCGCUGGAACCGGUGGAGCGGCAAGUGCUUCCGGAUCAGCAACAAGUACGACUACGACAACAAACACAGCUACAUCUGGAGGAUCUGCAUCAUCUCAACAGGUUCACGAUACCUCGCGUGAAAAAUACACGAGGCCACCAAUCGUUCUUGAAGCCAGUAGGUCCCAGACUGGCCGAGUUGGUGGAUCUGUUGUUUUGGAAGUCCAAUGGCAAUGCCAUUCAUCCACUAUCAUCGAGUGGUACAGAGAUGGAACAUUGGUCAGAAAUUCUUCCGAGUAUUCCCAGUCGUUCAACGGUUCGAUAGCAAAACUUCAAGUGAACAACUUGACCGAAGAGAAGUCAGGUCUCUAUAAAUGUCAUGCAAAAUGUGAUUAUGGAGAUGGUCAAAGUAGUGCAAUGGUGAAAGUUGAACAGUCUGACGUGGAAGAAGAACUAAUGAAACAUAGAAAAGAUCUGGAAGAUGAAUAUCAAAAAGAAGAAGAAGACAGGCGAGUAUCGCAGACUCUUCAAGCUGAGACAAAGAAGCGAGUUGCCAGAAGAAGCAAGUCGAAGAGCAAGAGUCCAGCACCACAAGCAAAAAAGAGUGCACUUUCUGAGAGCGUACGUUCCGAUGCUUCUGAAGUUGAGACGAAGAGAAGUUCGAGUGUUCGACCGGAUCCAGAUGAGAUGAACUACACGCCUGGAUCGUAUCUCCAGAAUCUUCUGAAGAGAUCGGCGAGCAACGAUGGCUCUGAUCAUACAAACGGCGCAUCUUCUUCUUCGUUUUCACGUCGUCUGCCACCUCGUCCACCAUUUGAAUCAUCUCAUUCAACUGCUUCUUCUCCUUCCUCAUCUAAUGCUCCACGUCGAAUGAUUAACCUUCGUUCGGUUUCUGACCGACAAGGUGCUGCCCGUUCAUCAGGAGAUCAGUCUCCGAAUCCGUUGAAUAUGCGAAGUGCAAAUUCAUCGGGGCCUGAUCUUCAUAAAAUAUCACAAAUUCAUGCAUUUAUUCUAUCGAAAAUGCCUGAAGGAGAAGCAAAAGAACGGUUUUUGAGGAGCAUUCUAGAUUUGGAAGGUCCAGAUUCAAGAAGAGGAAGUAGAGAUGAUGUUGGCAGUCCGAAAUUGAAGAAAACGAAUUCCAAAUCGUCAGUCAAUUCCAGCAGUAAUGAAUCUCAGUUGGACGAGAUCCCAAGUUCGGGUCUGACGAUCCCAGAGGAGCGCCGUCGAGAAUUAUUGGGUCAGGUCGGAGAAAGUGACGACGAGGUAUCCGAGUCGAUAUCCGAACUUCCAUCAUUCGCCGGAGGAAAGCCUCGCCGCAAGACUGAUAGUCCUCCAAAGCAGGACGAGAUGUUCUCUCGCGACACGAUUCUUCGUAAAACCACUACAUCAACACGAAAUGAAUCGAAUACUGUAGAGGAGAAGACAAAACUUCGCAAAACUGUCAAAAAGGCCGAUGGCGAACUCGAUUUCAAAGCCAUGGUCAAAUUGAAAAAAGUGAAAAAAGAGGAGGGCGGAGCUACCGAAAAGCCAGGAUUCCCACUUGAUCAUGCUGAUUCCACAUCAUCUGUUUUGUCCCAAGAAUCAAGAUCAAGACGUGGAUCGACUGCUCUUUUUUCAAAAGAUAACCUUCCGGAACAACCAGCAAACCCGUUUGCUCAACUCAAAAAAGUGAAAUCUGGUGCAGGUGGACUAGAGAAAUCUGAUUCAAUGGCCAGUUUGAAAAAACUUGAGUUGAAAAAAGGGAAGGUUGAAGAGAGUUCGGACGGUGCAUUCAAAGUACAACUGAAGAAAGUUGUGAAGAAAGAAGUGAAAGAAUCAACAGUUAGUGUAAAAGAGAAGAAUGGCACCGAGGCAGGAAUCAAAUCCGAGUUUAAAUUGGAGAAACGAGAACGGACCACUUUGCAAAAAUACGAGAAAACGGAUAGCAAUGGGUCCAAAAAGGAGGAAAAACCGAAAAAAGUCAGUAUUGUUCCCGUGCCGACGAGUACUUCAAAUGACGAGCCAACGACUCCACGUCACCACGAAAAAGUCGAAGAGAAGUCAACAAAAUCAGAAGAGCUUAAGACAAAAGUUGGCGGUCGUCAAGUAGGGCAAAAGCGAAAUGGAGCCCCGAAACCAGAAGAGCCGAAGAAUCUUUUGUCACAGAUUCAGUUGAAGAAAGUGACAAAGAAAGCUCAAGAAGAGACCAACGAACUGGAAGGAAUUAAAUUGAAAAAAGUGACGACCGUACCAAAACACGUGGCAGAUGAUGACAGUCAAUCAGAAUCCGAGUCACGACGUGGAUCUGUGUUUGGAGAAUUCCGACGUGGAUCACGAGCUCCGAGAGACUCCGCGGACAAUUCUCGCAGAGACUCCAUUAGACGCUCUAGUAUCGACAUGAGACGUGAAUCUGUUCAAGAAAUUCUUGAAAAGACGUCGACACCGCUCGUCCCAAGCGGUGCAUCAGGCAGUGCUCCCAAAAUCGUCGAAGUCCCAGAAAACGUCACAGUCGUGGAAAAUGAAACCGCAAUCCUUACAUGCAAAGUGUCGGGUAGUCCCGCCCCCACUUUCAAAUGGUUUAAAGGAAGUCGUGAAGUUAUCAGUGGAGGAAGAUUCAAACAUAUCACUGAUGGAAAAGAACACACUGUGGCGUUGGCCUUGCUCAAAUGCAGAUCUCAGGAUGAAGGUCCCUACACCCUGACAAUCGAAAAUGCGCAUGGAACCGAUUCUGCUGAUGUCAAGUUAUUGGUCACUUCGGAUAAUGGUCUCGAUUUCCGAGCCAUGCUCAAACACAGAGAAUCACAAGUCGGCUUCCAAAAAGAUGGAGAAGGAGGAGCCGGCGGUGGCGGAGAAAAGAAACCAAUGACUGAAGCUGAGAGAAGACAGUCCCUCUUCCCUGGUAAAAGAGUUGAGAAAUGGGAUGAACCACUUCCCGAAAAAACUGUUCAGCAGCAGGUUGACAAAAUCUGCGAGUGGAAGUGUACCUACUCGCGUCCAAAUGCCAAGAUUCGUUGGUAUAAGGACAGAAAAGAGAUCUUCUCAGGAGGUCUCAAAUACAAGAUUGUCAUCGAAAAGAACGUAUGCACUCUGAUUAUUAACAAUCCAGAAGUCGAUGACACCGGAAAAUACACUUGUGAAGCCAACGGAGUUCCAACUCAUGCUCAGCUUACUGUACUUGAACCACCAAUGAAGUAUAGUUUCCUGAAUCCGUUGCCGAAUACACAAGAAAUCUACCGUACCAAGCAGGCAGUGCUCACUUGCAAAGUGAAUACUCCAAGAGCACCAGUGGUAUGGUACAGAGGAAGUAAAGCGAUUCAAGAAGGAGAUCCACGAUUCAUCAUUGAAAAAGACGCUGUCGGUCGUUGUACUCUUACCAUCAAAGAAGUCGAAGAAGACGACCAAGCUGAGUGGACAGCAAGAAUCACUCAAGAUGUCUUCUCAAAGGUUCAAGUGUACGUCGAGGAGCCACGUCACACAUUCGUUGUUCCAAUGAAAUCUCAAAAAGUCAAUGAAAGUGAAUUGGCGACAUUGGAGACUGAUGUGAACGAUAAAGAUGCUGAAGUUGUUUGGUGGCACGAUGGAAAGAGAAUCGAUAUUGAUGGAGUGAAGUUCAAGGUUGAGUCUAACAACAGAAAGAGAAGACUUAUCAUCAAUGGAGCCAGAAUUGAAGAUCACGGAGAGUAUAAAUGUACAACUAAGGACGAUAGAACUAUGGCUCAACUUAUUGUUGAUGCUAAGAACAAGUUCAUUGUUGCUCUGAAAGAUACUGAAGUAAUUGAAAAGGAUGAUGUCACUCUCAUGUGUCAAACUAAAGAUACAAAGACACCCGGAAUCUGGUUCCGUAAUGGAAAACAGAUUUCAAGUAUGCCAGGAGGAAAGUUUGAAACACAAUCCAGAAACGGUACUCACACUCUCAAAAUUGGAAAAAUCGAGAUGAACGAAGCCGAUAUCUACGAAAUCGAUCAAGCUGGACUUCGUGGAUCUUGUAAUGUUACCGUUUUGGAAGCUGAGAAGAGGCCAAUCAUCAACUGGAAACCGAAGAAAAUUGAAGCGAAGGCUGGAGAACCAUGCGUUGUGAAAGUUCCAUUCCAAAUCAAGGGAACACGACGUGGAGAUCCAAAAGCACAAAUCUUGAAGGAUGGAAAACCAAUCGACGAAGCAAUGCGAAAAUUGGUUGAAGUUGUAAUCAAAGAUGAUGUUGCUGAGAUUGUUUUCAAGAAUCCACAACUGGCUGACACUGGAAAAUGGGCCCUUGAGCUCGGAAACUCUGCUGGAACAGCUCUUGCACCAUUCGAGUUGUUCGUCAAGGACAAGCCAAAACCACCAAAAGGACCAUUGGAGACAAAGAAUGUGACUGCUGAAGGUCUUGAUCUUGUCUGGGGAACACCUGAACCAAGCGAGGGAGCUCCAGUCAAAGCAUACAUUAUUGAAAUGCAAGAAGGAAGAAGUGGAAACUGGGUCAAGGUUGGUGAGACUAAAGGAACUGAUUUCAAGGUGAAGGAUCUCAAGGAACACGGAGAAUACAAGUUCAGAGUCAAGGCUUUGAAUGAAUGUGGUCUCUCAGAUCCACUCACUGGAGAAUCUGUUCUUGCCAAAAACCCGUACGGUACUCCUGGAAAACCAAAGAACAUGGAUGCCAUCGAUGUUGACAAGGAUCAUGUCACUCUCGCCUGGGAACCACCAGAGGAAGAUGGGGGUGCUCCAAUCACUGGAUACAUCGUUGAAAGAAGAGAGAAAUCUGAGAAGGACUGGCAUCAAGUCGGUCAGACAAAACCAGAUUGCUGCGAACUGACUGAUAAGAAGGUCGUUGAAGACAAGGAAUACUUGUACCGAGUGAAAGCUGUCAACAAAGCCGGACCUGGAGAUCCGUGUGAUCAUGGAAAACCAAUCAAGGUAAAGGCGAAGAAGGCAGCUCCAGAAUUUACUGGUGGAGGCAUCAAAGAUCUUCGUCUCAAAGUUGGAGAAACCAUCAAGUAUGAAGUUCCAAUCUCAGGAGAGCCACUUCCAGACUGUACUUGGAUUGUAAAUGGAAAACCAUUGAAAGCAAUGGGAAGAGUCAAGAUGGCAUCUGAAAGAGGAAAGCACGUUAUGAAGAUUGAGAAUGCCGUUCGUGGAGAUUCUGGAAAGUACACCAUCACUUUGAAGAACUCUUCUGGAACCUGUGAUUCCACCGCCAAUGUCACUGUGGUUGGAAGACCAACUCCACCGAAAGGACCACUUGAUAUCACUGAUGUCUGUGCUGAUGGAGCAUCACUCUCAUGGAAUCCACCAGAGGACGAUGGAGGUGAUCCACUCACUGGAUACAUUGUUGAAGCACAAGAUAUGGAUAACAAAGGAAAGUAUAUUGAAGUGGGAAGAGUUGAUCCAAAUACAACAAAUCUCAAAGUUGCUGGACUUCGUAACAAAGGAAACUACAAAUUCCGUGUUAAAGCAGUCAACAAUGAAGGAGAAUCGGAGCCACUCUCUGCUGAUCAAUACACUUUGAUCAAGGAUCCAUGGGAUGAACCAGGAAAGCCAGGAAGACCAGAAAUCACUGAUUUUGAUGCGGACAGAAUCGAUAUUGCUUGGGAGCCACCACACAAAGACGGAGGUGCUCCAAUCGAAGAGUACAUUGUUGAAGUCCGUGAUCCAGACACCAAGGAAUGGAAGGAAGUGAAACGUGUUCCGGAUACAAAUGCAUCGAUUUCUGGAUUGAAGGAAGGAAAGGAAUACCAGUUCAGAGUGAAGGCAGUCAACAAGGCUGGACCUGGACAACCAUCCGAUCCAUCCGAGAAACAACUUGCCAAGCCGAAAUUUAUUCCUGCCUGGUUGAAACACGACAACUUGAAGUCGAUCACCGUGAAAGCCGGAGCCACUGUCAGAUGGGAAGUCAAGAUUGGUGGAGAACCAAUUCCAGAAGUCAAAUGGUUCAAGGGUAGUCAACAACUCGAGAAUGGAAUUCAACUCACAAUUGAUACUCGCAAGAAUGAACAUACCAUUCUCUGUAUUCCAUCCGCAAUGCGUUCCGAUGUUGGAGAGUAUCGUUUGACUGUCAAGAACUCUCACGGAGCAGAUGAAGAGAAGGCCAAUUUGACUGUUUUGGAUAAACCAAGCAAGCCAAAUGGACCACUCGAGGUAUCCGAUGUCUUUGAAGAUAAUCUCAAUCUGUCAUGGAAGCCGCCAGAUGAUGAUGGAGGUGAACCAAUCGAAUACUAUGAAGUUGAGAAGCUCGACACUUCUACUGGACGAUGGGUUCCAUGCGCCAAGGUCAAGGACACUAAAGCUCACAUUGAUGGACUCAAGAAGGGACAAAUGUACCAGUUCCGUGUGAAGGCUGUGAACAAAGAAGGAGCUUCAGAUGCUUUGUCAACUGAAAAGGAUAUCAAGGCAAAGAAUCCAUACGAUGAACCAGGAAAGACCGGAACUCCAGAUGUCGUUGACUGGGAUGCUGACCGUGUUUCUCUCGAAUGGGAACCACCAAAGACCGACGGAGGUGCUCCAAUCACUCAAUACAUCAUUGAGAAGAAGGGAAAGCACGGAAGAGAUUGGCAAGAGUGUGGAAAAGUGUCUGGAGAUCAGACAAAUGCUGAGAUUCUUGGUCUCAAGGAAGGAGAAGAAUACCAAUUCCGCGUGAAGGCUGUGAACAAAGCUGGUCCAGGAGAGCCAUCUGAUCCAAGCAGAAAGGUGGUCGCCAAGCCAAGAAACUUGAAGCCAUGGAUUGAUCGUGAGGCCAUGAAGACAAUCACAAUCAAGGUUGGAAACGAUGUGGAAUUCGAUGUUCCAGUUCGUGGAGAACCACCACCGAAGAAGGAAUGGCUCUUCUUGGAGAAGCCAAUUGAUGAUCAGAAGAUCAGAAUUGAGAACGAAGACUACAAGACUCGUUUCUUACUCCGUGGAGCUACACGCAAACAUGCUGGUCUGUAUACACUUACAGCCACAAAUCCGUCUGGAUCUGACAAACAUUCAGUUGAAGUUAUUGUUCUCGGAAAACCAUCGACUCCAUUGGGUCCAUUGGAUGUUACCAAUGUCUAUGAAGAUCGCUGCGAUUUGGAAUGGAAAGUUCCAGAAGACGAUGGAGGUGCCCCAAUUGAUCAUUAUGAAAUUGAGAAGAUGGAUAUGGCAACUGGAAGAUGGGUUCCAUGUGGAAGAAGUGAAACAACCAAGACAACUGUUCCAAAUCUUCAACCAGGACAUGAGUAUAAAUUCCGUGUUCGUGCCGUUAACAAGGAAGGAGAAUCUGAUCCAUUGACCACUAACACAGCAAUUCUGGCCAAGAAUCCAUACGAAGUGCCAGGAAAAGUUGACAAGCCAGAACUCGUCGAUUGGGAUAAGGAUCAUGUUGACUUGGCUUGGAACAAGCCAGAUGAUGGGGGUGCUCCAAUUGAAGCAUACGUCAUUGAGAAGAAGGAUAAGAAUGGAAGAUGGGAGGAAGCACUUGUUGUGCCCGGAGAUCAGAACACAGCAACUGUACCAAACCUAAAAGAAGGAGAAGAAUAUCAAUUCAGAAUUUCUGCUCGUAACAAGGCAGGAACUGGAGAUCCAUCUGAUCCAUCUGAUCGUGUUAUUGCCAAGCCACGUAAUCUGGCUCCACGAAUUCAUCGUGAAGAUCUAUCCGACACAACUGUCAAGGUUGGAGCAUGUCUCAAGUUUAUUGUUCACAUUGAUGGAGAGCCAGCACCAGAUGUUACAUGGUCAUUCAAUGGGAAGGGAAUUGGAGAGAGCAAGGCUCAAAUCGAAAACGAGCCAUACAUUUCAAGAUUUACCCUUCCAAAGGCCGUCCGUAAACAAAGUGGAAAAUACACCAUCACUGCUACUAAUGUCAACGGAACUGACAGUGUUACAAUUGAUAUCAAGGUCAAGAGUAAACCAACUAAACCGAAGGGACCAAUUGAAGUGACUGAUGUAUUCGAAGAUCGUGCAACCCUUGAUUGGAAACCACCAGAGGAUGAUGGAGGAGAGCCGAUUGAGUUCUAUGAAAUCGAGAAGAUGAACACGAAAGACGGAAUCUGGGUUCCAUGUGGACGAAGUGGAGAUACUCACUUCACAGUUGAUUCUCUCAAUAAGGGAGAUCACUACAAGUUCCGUGUGAAGGCAGUUAACAGUGAAGGAGCAUCUGAUCCUUUGGAGACUGACACUGACAUUUUGGCCAAGAAUCCAUUCGAUCGUCCAGACAAACCUGGACGUCCAGAACCAACUGAUUGGGAUUCAGAUCAUGUUGAUCUCAAAUGGGAUCCACCACUUUCUGAUGGAGGUGCUCCAAUUGAGGAGUACCAAAUCGAGAAGAGAACUAAAUACGGAAGAUGGGAGCCAGCAAUCAGUGUUCCAGGAGGUCAAACCAAAGCAACUGUUCCAGACUUGACACCAAACGAAGAGUAUGAAUUCCGAGUUAUUGCUGUCAAUAAGGGAGGUCCAUCUGAUCCAUCUGAUGCCAGUAAGGCAGUCAUUGCCAAACCAAGAAACUUGAAGCCACACAUCGACCGUGAUGCUCUCAAGAACUUGACCAUCAAGGCUGGACAAUCGAUUUCAUUUGAUGUUCCUGUCUCUGGAGAACCAGCUCCAACUGUCACGUGGCACUGGCCAGAUAACCGUGAAAUCAGAAACGGAGGACGUGUCAAGCUCGACAAUCCAGAGUACCAAUCCAAGUUGGUUGUUAGACAAAUGGAACGUGGAGACAGUGGUACAUUCACCAUCAAAGCAGUCAAUGUGAACGGAGAAGAUGAGGCUACUGUCAAGAUUAACGUCAUUGACAAGCCAACUCCUCCAAAUGGUCCAUUGGAUGUUCUUGAUGUUCAUGGAGAUCAUUGUACUUUGGACUGGCGUGCACCAGAUGAUGACGGAGGAAUUCCAAUUGAGAACUACGUCAUUGAGAAGUACGAUACUGCCACUGGAAGAUGGGUUCCUGCUGCCAAGGUUGCUGGAGAUCAGACUACUGCCGUUGUUGAUGGACUUAUUCCAGGACACGAAUACAAAUUCCGUGUCGCCGCUGUCAACGCCGAAGGAGAGUCCGAACCAUUGGAAACCUUCGGAACCACUCUUGCAAAGGAUCCAUUCGACAAACCAGGAAAGACGAGUGCUCCAGAUGUCACCGAUUGGGAUAAGGAUCAUGUUGAUCUUGAAUGGAAACCACCUGUAAACGAUGGUGGAGCUCCGAUUGAAGAAUACGUUGUUGAGAUGAAGGAUGAGUUCUCUCCAUUCUGGAAUGAGGUUGCUCACGUUCCUGCGUCACAAACAAAUGCAACUGUUGGAAACUUGAAGGAGGGAUCCAAGUAUGAAUUCAGAAUCCGUGCUAAGAAUAAGGCUGGAUUGGGAGAUCCAUCUGAUUCUGCCUCAGCUGUCGCAAAGGCUAGAAACGUUCCGCCAGUCAUCGAUCGUAACUCCAUCCAAGAAAUCAAGGUGAAGGCAGGUCAAGACUUUUCAUUGAACAUUCCAGUCAGUGGAGAACCAACUCCAACAAUCACAUGGACCUUCGAAGGAACGCCAGUUGAAUCUGAUGAUCGCAUGAAGUUGGCGAAUGAAGAUGGAAGAACCAAGUUCCAUGUGAAGAGAGCUCUUCGUUCAGACACUGGAACUUACAUCAUCAAGGCUGAAAAUGAGAAUGGAACUGAUACUGCCGAAGUGAAGGUUACUGUUCUUGAUCAUCCAUCUAGCCCACGUGGACCACUUGAUAUCACUAACAUUGUCAAGGAUGGUUGUGAUCUUGCAUGGAAAGAACCAGAAGAUGAUGGAGGAGCAGAGAUCAGUCACUACGUCAUUGAGAAGCAAGACGCUGCUACAGGCAGAUGGACUGCUUGUGGUGAAAGCAAGGAUACCAACUUCCACGUUGAUGAUCUCGUUCAAGGACAUGAAUACAAAUUCCGUGUGAAAGCCGUCAAUCGUCACGGAGAUUCUGAUCCAUUGGAGGCUCGUGAAGCUAUCAUUGCCAAGGAUCCAUUCGAUCGUGCUGACAAACCAGGAACUCCAGAAAUUGUCGACUGGGAUAAGGACCACGCAGAUCUCAAGUGGACUCCACCAGCUGAUGAUGGAGGUGCUCCAAUCGAAGGAUAUCUUGUUGAGAUGAGAACUCCAUCUGGUGAUUGGGUUCCAGCUGUCAAGGUUGGAGCCGGAGAGCUCACUGCUACGGUUGAUGGAUUGAAACCAGGACAAACCUACCAAUUCCGUGUGAAGGCAUUGAACAAGGCUGGAGAAUCAACACCAUCUGAUCCAAGUAGAACAAUGAUUGCUAAGCCACGUCAUCUUGCUCCAAAGAUCAACAGAGAUAUGUUUAUUGCUCAAAGAAUCAAGGCUGGUCAAACUCUGAACUUCGAUGUGAAUGUUGAAGGAGAACCUGCUCCAAAGAUCGAAUGGUUCUUGAAUGGAUCUCCAUUACCAUCUGGAGGAAAAACCCAUAUCGACAACAACACUGACAACAACACCAAGUUGACAACCAAGGGAACCGCUCGUGCUGACAGUGGAAAGUACAAGAUCGUGGCCACCAACGAGAGUGGAAAGGAUGAACAUGAAGUAGAUGUCAACAUUCUUGAUAUUCCUGGUGCACCAGAAGGACCACUUCGUCACAAGGAUAUCACCAAAGAGAGUGUCGUACUCAAAUGGGAUGAGCCAUUGGAUGAUGGAGGAUCUCCAAUCACUAACUAUCUCGUUGAAAAACAAGAAGACGGAGGACGAUGGGUUCCAUGUGGAGAGACUUCUGAUACUUCUCUUAAAGUUAACAAAUUAUCAGAAGGACACGAAUACAAAUUCCGUGUCAAGGCAGUGAAUCGUCAAGGAACAUCUGCUCCACUUACUUCUGAUCAUGCUAUUGUUGCAAAGAAUCCAUUCGAUGAACCAGAUGCACCAACAGAUGUUACUCCAGUUGAUUGGGAUAAGGAUCAUGUUGAUCUCGAAUGGAAACCACCAGCAAACGAUGGAGGUGCUCCUAUCGACGCCUACAUUGUUGAGAAGAAGGACAAAUUUGGAGACUGGGUCGAGUGUGCUCGUGUUGAUGGAAAAACAACGAAGGCUACUGCUGACAACUUGACGCCGGGAGAGACAUAUCAAUUCCGUGUGAAAGCUGUCAACAAGGCUGGACCAGGAAAACCAUCUGAUCCAACAGGAAACGUUGUUGCCAAACCAAGAAGAAUGGCACCUAAACUCAACCUUGCUGGUCUUUUGGAUCUCCGUAUCAAGGCUGGAACACCCAUCAAACUUGAUAUUACAUUCGAAGGAGAACCAGCUCCAGUUGCCACAUGGAAGGCCAAUGACAAAACAGUUGAAGCUGGAGCACGUGCUGAUGUCACGAAUACUCCAACAUCUUCUGCUAUUCACGUCUUCUCCGCUGUUCGUGGGGAUACUGGAGUCUACAAGAUCAUUGUUGAGAACGAACAUGGAAAAGAUACUGCUCAAUGCAAUGUCACAGUUCUCGAUGUGCCAGGAACACCAGAAGGACCACUCAAGAUUGAUGAAAUCCAUAAGGAGGGAUGUACAUUGAACUGGAAACCACCAACUGAUAACGGAGGAACUGAUAUUCUUCAUUACGUUGUUGAGAAGAUGGAUACAUCUCGAGGAACAUGGCAAGAAGUUGGAACAUUCCCAGACUGCACUGCAAAGGUUAACAAGUUGACUCCCGGAAAGGAAUAUGCUUUCCGUGUGAAGGCAGUCAAUCUUCAAGGAGAAUCAAAGCCAUUGGAAGCUGAGGAGCCAAUCAUUGCAAAGAAUCAAUUCGAUGUACCUGCUCCAGUCGACAAACCAGAAGUCACUGAUUGGGAUAAAGAUAGAAUUGAUAUUAAGUGGAACCCAACAUCCAAUAAUGGAGGAGCUCCAGUCACUGGAUACAUUGUUGAGAAGAAGGAGAAGGGAAGUGCUCUCUGGACUGAAGCUGGAAAGACUGCUGGAACAACAUUCAGCGCAGACAAUCUCAAGCCAGGAGUUGAAUACGAGUUCCGCGUAAUUGCUGUGAACGCCGCAGGACCAUCAGAUCCAUCAGAACCAACUGAUCCACAGAUCACCAAGGCUCGUUACUUGAAACCAAAGAUCUUGACUGCCAUCAGAAAGAUCAAGAUCAAGGCUGGAUUCACUCACAACUUGGAAGUUGAUUUCGUCGGUGCCCCAGAUCCAACUGCCACCUGGACUGUCGGAGAUUCUGGAGCAGCACUUGCACCAGAACUCAUAGUUGAUGCCAAGACUAACGUCACUUCCAUCUUCUUCCCAUCUGCUAAGAGAUCUGACAGUGGAAACUACAAACUGAAAGUGAAGAACGAAUUGGGAGAAGACGAAGGAAUCUUCGAAGUUAUUGUUCAAGAUAAACCAUCUCCACCAACUGGACCACUUGAAGUAUCCGAUGUUACCAAAGACAGUUGUGUUCUCAAUUGGAAACCACCAAAGGACGAUGGAGGUGCUGAAAUCAGCAAUUAUGUUGUUGAAAAGAGAGAUACCCGCACCAACACCUGGGUUCCAGUUUCCGCUUUCGUCACUGGAACGUCCAUCACAGUUCCAAAACUCACCGAGGGACAUGAAUACGAAUUCCGUGUUAUGGCUGAGAAUGCAUUUGGACGAUCUGAUUCUCUGAAUACCGAUGAGCCAGUUCUUGCCAAGGAUCCAUUCGGAACACCAGGAAAACCAGGAAGACCAGACAUCGUUGACACUGAUAAUGAUCACAUUGACAUCAAAUGGGAUCCACCAAGAGACAACGGAGGAUCUCCAAUCGAUCAUUAUGAUGUUGAGAGAAAGGAUACAAAGACUGGAAGAUGGAUUAAGGUCAAUACUUCUCCAGUUCAAGGAAAUGCCUUCUCGGAUACUCGUGUUCAAAAGGGUCACACCUACGAAUACCGAGUUGUCGCUGUCAACAAGGCUGGUCCAGGUCAACCAUCUGAUCCAUCUGCUGCUGCAACUGCUAAACCAAUGCACGAGGCACCAAAGUUCGAUUUGGAUUUGGACGGAAAGGAAUUCCGAGUGAAAGCAGGAGAACCAUUGGUCAUAACAAUUCCAUACACUGCAUCUCCACAACCAGAUAUCUCAUGGACAAAGGACGGAAAACCAUUGGCUGGAGUCGAAACAACUGAUUCUCAAACCAAAUUGGUCAUUCCAGCGACAAGAAAAUCUGAUUCCGGACCAGUUAAGAUUAAGGCUGUGAAUCCAUAUGGAGAGGCUGAAGCUAACAUUAAAAUUACUGUCAUUGGCAAGCCAGGACCACCAGAGAACAUCACUUAUCCGGCUAUCAGCAGACACACUUGCACUCUCAAUUGGGAUGCUCCGAAAGAUGACGGAGGUUCUGAAAUCGCUGGAUACAAGAUUGAGUACCAAGAAGUCGGAUCUCAAAUUUGGGAUAAGGUUCCAGGACUCAUUUCGGGAACUUCUUACACUGUUCGUGGACUUGAGCAUGGUCAACAAUACCGAUUCAGAAUCCGUGCUGAGAACGCUGUCGGUCUUUCUGACUAUUGCCAAGGAGUACCAGUUGUCAUCAAGGAUCCAUUCGAUCCACCAGGUGCUCCAAGCACUCCAGAUAUCACUGGAUACGACACAAAUCAAGUUUCAUUGGCAUGGAAUCCACCAAGAGACGACGGAGGCUCUCCAAUCAUUGGAUAUGUUGUUGAACGAUUCGAAAAGAGAGGAGGAGGUGAUUGGGCUCCAGUCAAGAUGCCAAUGGUCAAGGGAACUGAAUGUAUUGUACCAGGACUUCAUGAAAAUGAGACAUAUCAAUUCCGUGUUCGUGCCGUGAAUGCUGCUGGACAAGGAGAACCAAGUAACGGAUCAGAACCAGUUACCUGCCGCCCAUACGUCGAGAAACCAGGUCCACCAGAUGCUCCAAGAGUUGGAAAGAUCACAAAGAACUCAGCCGAACUCACGUGGAACAGACCAUUGAGAGAUGGAGGUGCUCCAAUUGAUGGAUAUAUCAUUGAGAAGAAGAAGUUGGGAGACAACGACUGGACAAGAUGUAACGACAAACCAGUUCGUGAAACUGCAUUUGAAGUCAAGAAUCUCGGAGAGAAAGAAGAAUACGAAUUCCGUGUUAUUGCUGUCAAUAGUGCGGGAGAAGGAGAGCCAUCAAAGCCUUCUGAUUUGGUACUUAUUGAAGAACAACCAGGUCGUCCAAUCUUUGAUAUCACAAAUCUCAAGGAUAUUACUGUUCGUGCCGGAGAGACAAUCCAAAUCCGUAUUCCAUACGCUGGAGGAAAUCCAAAACCAAUUAUUGAUUUGUUUAAUGGAAACUCUCCAAUCUUUGAGAACGAGAGAACUGUUGUUGAUGUCAAUCCUGGAGAAAUCGUCAUUACAACAACUGGAUCAAAGAGAUCUGAUGCUGGUCCAUACAAGAUUUCAGCCACUAACAAAUAUGGAAAAGACACUUGCAAACUCAAUGUAUUCGUUCUUGAUGCUCCAGGCAAACCAACUGGACCAAUCCGUGCAACUGACAUUCAAUCUGAUGCAAUGACUCUUUCAUGGAGACCACCAAAGGAUAAUGGAGGAGAUGAAAUCACUAACUACGUCGUUGAGAAGAGAACUCCAGGAGGUGAUUGGGUUACAGUUGGACAUCCAGUUGGAACCACUCUUCGUGUUCGAAAUCUUGAUGCAAACACUCCAUAUGAAUUCCGUGUUCGCGCUGAGAAUCAAUAUGGAGUUGGAGAACCAUUGGAGACUGAUGAUGCUAUUGUUGCUAAGAAUCCAUUCGAUACUCCAGGUGCACCAGGACAACCAGAAGCAGUUGAAACUUCGGAAGAAGCAAUUACUCUUCAAUGGACUAGACCCACUUCUGAUGGAGGAGCUCCAAUUCAAGGAUACGUCAUCGAGAAGAGAGAAGCUGGAACCACUGAAUGGACGAAGGCUGCAUUCGGAAACAUCCUUGACACAAAACAUCGUGUCACUGGGCUUACUCCAAAGAAGACUUACGAGUUCAGAGUUGCUGCUUACAAUGCUGCUGGACAAGGAGAAUACAGUGCUAACUCAGUUCCUAUCACUGCCGAUAGUGCCCCAACAAGACCGAAGAUCAACAUGGGAAUGCUCACCAGAGAUGUGUUGGCUUAUGCUGGAGACCGUGCAAAGAUUCUCGUUCCAUUCGCUGCUUCACCUGCUCCAAAGGUGACUUUCUCGAAGGGAGAGAACAAGAUCAGUCCAACUGAUCCAAGAAUCAAGGUUGAAUACAGUGACUUCUUGGCUACGUUGACCAUCGAAAAGUCAGAAUUAACUGAUGGAGGACUCUACUUUGUUGAACUUGAGAAUAGUCAAGGAAGUGAUUCUGCUAGCAUUCGUCUUAAGGUUGUUGAUAAACCAGCACCACCACAACACAUCAGAGUGGAAGACAUCGCACCGGAUUGCUGUACUCUCUAUUGGAUGCCACCUUCUUCCGACGGAGGAUCUCCAAUCACCAACUACAUUGUUGAGAAGCUUGAUCUUCGCCAUUCCGAUGGAAAAUGGGAGAAAGUUUCUUCAUUUGUUCGUAAUUUGAAUUACACUGUUGGAGGACUCCUUAAGGACAACAGAUACCGUUUCCGUGUUCGUGCUGAGACCCAAUACGGAGUUUCAGAACCAUGUGAACUUUCUGAAGUUGUUGUCGCCAAGUAUCAAUUCGAUGUGCCAAAUCAACCAGAGGCUCCAACUGUUCGUGACAAGGACUCAACUUGGGCAGAACUUGAAUGGGAUCCACCAAGAGACGGAGGAUCGAAGAUUAUUGGAUAUCAAGUUCAAUACAGAGAUACAUCUUCUGGAAGAUGGAUCAAUGCCAAGAUGGAUCUUGCUGAGCAUUGUCACGCUCGUGUCACUGGACUUCGUCAAAAUGGAGAAUUCGAAUUCAGAAUCAUUGCAAAGAAUGCUGCUGGCUUCUCGAAACCAUCACCACCAUCAGAGAGAUGUCAACUCAAAUCGAGAUACGGACCACCAGGACCACCAAUUCAAGUCGGAGCCAAGUCGAUUGGACGCAACCAUUGUACUAUCACCUGGAUGCCACCACUUGAAGACGGAGGAUCGAAAAUCACUGGAUACAAUGUUGAGAUGCGUGAAUAUGGAAGCACUCUGUGGGCUGUUGUCAGUGAUUACAACGUGAGAGAACCAGAAUUCACUGUUGACAAACUCAAGGAGUUCAAUGAUUACGAAUUCCGUGUCGUUGCCAUUAAUGCAGCCGGAAAAGGAAUUCCAUCUCUUCCAUCCGGACCAAUUAAGAUCCAAGAAUCCGGAGGAUCUCGUCCACAAAUUGUUGUCAAACCAGAAGACACUGCUCAACCAUACAACAGAAGAGCUGUGUUCGUUUGUGAAGCUGUCGGAAGACCAGAGCCAACAGCAAGAUGGCUCAGAAAUGGAAGAGAACUUCCAGAGAGCAGCAGAUACAGAUUCGAAGCGAGUGAUGGAGUCUACAAGUUCACCAUCAAAGAAGUUUGGGAUAUUGAUGCAGGAGAAUACACAGUUGAAGUGUUCAAUUCAUAUGGAAGUGACACUGCAACUGCUAAACUCACUGUUCAAGCUCCGCCAGUCAUCGAGAAGGACGUUCCAAACACAAUUCUUCCAAACGGAGAUCUUGUUCGUCUCAAGAUUUAUUUCUCUGGAACUGCACCAUUCCGUCACAGUUUGGUGUUGAACAAAGAAGAGAUUGACAUGGAUCAUCCGACAAUCAGAACUGUUGAAUUCGACGAUCAUAUCCUGAUUACCAUCCCAGCACUGUCUGUUAGAGAAGCCGGACGUUACGAGUACACCGUAUCCAAUGAUUCCGGAGAAGCCACAACUGGAUUCUGGCUCAAUGUCACUGGAUUACCAGAAGCACCACAAGGUCCACUUCACAUCAGCAAUGUCGGACCAAGUACUGCCACUCUUUCGUGGAGACCACCAGUCACCGAUGGAGGAUCGAAGAUCACCAGUUAUGUCAUUGAGAAGAGAGAUUUGUCAAAGGAUGAAUGGGUUACUGUAUCAUCAAACGUCAAGGAUAUGAACUACAUUGUUACCGGAUUGUUCGAAAAUCACGAGUACGAAUUCAGAGUUUCUGCUCAGAAUGAGAACGGAAUUGGUGCUCCACUUGUCAGUGAACACCCAAUUGUUGCUCGUCUUCCAUUCGAUCCACCAACUUCUCCACUCAAUUUGGAAAUUAUUCAAGUCGGAGGAGACUAUGUCACACUUUCAUGGCAACGACCAUCAUCCGAUGGAGGCGGUCGUCUUCGUGGAUACAUUAUUGAGAAACAAGAAGAAGGACACGAUGAAUGGUUCAGAUGCAAUCAGAAUCCAUCUCCACAAAACACCUACAAUGUUCCAAAUCUCAUCGACGGAAGAAAAUACAGAUACCGAGUAUUUGCUGCCAAUGACGCCGGUCUUUCCGAUCCAACAGAACUUGAUCAGACACUGUUCAAGGCUUCUGGAGCAGGAGAAGGACCGAAGAUUGUCAGUCCAUUGAGUGAUUUGAAUGAGGAAGUCGGAAGAUGUGUCACAUUCGAAUGCACCAUCAGUGGAUCUCCAAGACCAGAAUACAGAUGGUUCAAGGGAUGUAAGGAACUUGUGGAUACCAGCAAGUACACUCUUAUUAAUAAGGGAGACAAACAAGUUCUUAUCAUCAAUGAUUUGACUUCUGAUGAUGCCGAUGAAUACACUUGCCGUGCUACCAACUCAUCAGGAACUCGCAGUACCAGAGCCAAUUUGCGUAUCAAGACGAAGCCACGUGUCUUCAUUCCACCAAAAUAUCAUGGAGGGUAUGAGGCUCAGAAGGGAGAAACAAUCGAAUUGAAGAUCCCAUACAAGGCCUAUCCACAAGGAGAAGCAAAAUGGUCAAAGGACGGUGAGAAGAUUGAGAAUAACAGCAAGUACAGUAUCACCACUGACGACAAGUUUGCCACGUUGAGAAUCUCGAAUGCCAGUCGUGAAGACUAUGGAGAGUAUCGUGUUGUUGUUGAGAAUUCCGUUGGAUCUGAUUCUGGAAUUGUAAAUGUCACUGUUGCUGAUGUUCCAGAACCACCAAGAUUCCCAAUAAUUGAGAAUAUCCUUGAUGAAGCUGUCAUUCUUUCAUGGAAACCACCAGCACUAGAUGGAGGAUCACUAGUUACCAACUACACAAUUGAGAAGAGAGAAGUCAUGGGAGGAUCAUGGGCUCCGUGCGCCAAGAGUCGAUACACCUACACGACUGUUGAAGGACUUCGUGGUGGAAAACAAUACGAAUUCAGAAUAACCGCUGAGAACAAGCAUGGAGCAUCCAAACCAUGUGAGCCAACUGCUCCAGUUACCAUCCCAGGAGACGAAAGAAAGAGAAGACGUGCUUACGAUGUUGAUGAACAAGGAAAGAUUGUACGAGGAAAGGGAGCUGUCUCUUCCAAUUACGAUAACUAUGUGUUCGAUAUCUGGAAGCAAUAUUAUCCACAACCAGUUGAAAUCAAGCACGAUCAUGUCCUCGAUCACUACGACAUUCACGAAGAACUUGGAACCGGAGCGUUUGGUGUCGUUCACAGAGUCACUGAAAGAGCAACAGGCAACAACUUUGCUGCGAAAUUCGUGAUGACUCCACAUGAAGCCGAUAAAGAAACAGUCAGAAAGGAAAUUCAAACCAUGUCAGUUUUGAGACAUCCAAAACUUGUGAACCUUCAUGAUGCAUUCGAAGAUGAUAACGAAAUGGUUAUGAUCUAUGAAUUCAUGAGUGGAGGAGAGCUCUUUGAGAAGGUUGCUGAUGAACAUAACAAGAUGAGUGAAGAUGAAGCUGUUGAAUAUAUGAGACAAGUAUGCAAAGCACUCUGUCAUAUGCAUGAAAACAACUAUGUUCACUUGGAUUUGAAACCAGAAAACAUUAUGUUCACAACGAAGAGAAGCAACGAGUUGAAACUGAUCGACUUCGGAUUAACCGCCCAUCUCGAUCCAAAACAAUCAGUGAAAGUCACCACAGGAACUGCUGAAUUCGCUGCUCCAGAAGUUGCCGAGGGCAAGCCAGUCGGUUAUUAUACCGAUAUGUGGAGUGUUGGAGUUCUUUCUUAUAUUCUUCUUUCCGGUCUCUCGCCAUUCGGAGGAGAGAACGAUGAUGAUACAUUGAGGAAUGUUAAGAGCUGUGACUGGAAUAUGGAUGAUUCUGCCUUCUCAAACAUCUCGGACGAUGGAAAAGAUUUCAUUCGAAAGCUUCUUCUCGCUGAUCCAAACACCAGAAUGACAAUUCAUCAAGCAUUGGAGCAUCCAUGGCUCUCACCAGGAAAUGUUCCAGGACGUGAUUCUCAAAUUCCAAGUAGCAGAUACACGAAAAUUCGUGAUUCAAUCAAAUCGAAAUACGACGCUUGGCCAGAACCACUUCCACCACUCGGAAGAAUUUCAAACUAUUCUUCGCUGAGAAAGCACAGACCUCAGGAAUACUCGAUUCGUGACGCCUUCUGGGAUCGAUCUGAAGCCCAACCAAGAUUCAUUGUGAAACCAUACGGAACUGAAGUUGCUGAAGGACAAUCUGCCAACUUCUAUUGCAGAGUGAUUGCUUCAUCUCCUCCAGUUGUCACUUGGCACAAGGAUGAUAGAGAAUUGAAACAAAGUGUGAAAUACAUGAAGAGAUAUAAUGGAAACGAUUAUGGAUUGACAAUCAACAGAGUGAAAGGAGAUGAUAAGGGAGAAUACACUGUCAGAGCAAAGAAUUCGUACGGAACAAAGGAAGAAAUCGUAUUUUUGAAUGUGACUCGACACUCUGAACCACUCAAAUUCGAACCAUUGGAACCAAUGAAGAGAGCCCCAACACCACCAAAGGUUGAAGAAUUCAAGGAGAGAAGAUCCGCUCCGAAGUUCACUUUCCACCUGAGAAACCGUUUGAUCCAGAAGAAUCAUCAAUGCAAACUGACAUGUUCUCUACAAGGAAACCCAAAUCCAACUGUUGAAUGGAUGAAAGAUGGACAUCCAGUUGAUGAAGACCGAGUACAAGUAUCCUUCAGAAGUGGAGUCUGCUCUCUGGAAAUCUUCAAUGCACGUGUUGAUGACGCUGGAACAUACACAGUGACAGCCACAAAUGAUCUUGGAAUGGAUGUUACUGAAUGUGUAUUGACAGUUCAAACAAAGGGAGGAGAACCAAUUCCACGUGUUUCUUCAUUCAGACCGAGAAGAGCUUACGAUACGUUGUCAGCUGGAACUGAUGUAGAAAGAUCACAUUCGUAUGCUGAUAUGAGAAGACGAUCACUGAUUCGUGACGUCUCACCAGAUGUCAGAUCAGCUGCUGAUGACCUCAAAACAAAGAUCACAAAUGAGAUUCCAUCGUUUACUCUUCAACUCUCUGAUGCUGAAACUGAAGUCGGAGGAUCCGCAGAAUUCACAUCUGAAGUGACCGGACAACCAGAACCACUCGUUGAAUGGCUUCAUAAUGGAGAAAGAAUUUCGGAUUCUGAUUCUCGUUAUCGUUCAUCGUUUGUUGGUGGAAAAGUCACAUUAAGAAUCAGUGACGUCAAGAAGUCAGACGAAGGACAAUAUCUAUGCCGUGCCUCGAAUUCAGCUGGACAAGAACAAACGAGAGCAACAUUGAAUGUGAAAGGAGAUCAACCACUUGUGAAUGGUCAUGUAGAAAAGGCUGAAAGUCAUCUUCGUGUUUUGAAACAUUUGGGAGGAGAAAUCGUUCCAACUGGAGGAUCAGUGACAUUCGAAGCUAGAGUUGAAGGAUCACCUGAAGAAGUUUUAUGGAUGAGAAAUGGACAAGAGCUGACUGAUGGAGAUAACACCAGUAUCAGUCAAAACGGAGACACACUUUCCCUGACUGUAAACUCAGCUGAAGCAUCUGAUGCCGGACAUUAUCAACUCGAAGUUCGAUCGAAAGGAACUAACUUGGUUUCUGUUGCUUCUUUGGUUGUUGUUGGAGAAAAAGCAGAUCCACCAGUCACCAGACUACCAUCAUCUGUUUCUGCUCCUCUCGGUGGUUCCACUGCUUUCUCAAUUGAAUUUGAAAACGUCGAAGGUCUAACAGUACAGUGGUUCCGUGGAUCGGAAAAGAUUGAAAAGAACGAACGGGUAAAAUCUGUCAAAUCCGGAAACACCUUCAAACUAGACAUUAAGGAAGUUGAACAGGACGACGAUGGCAUUUAUGUAGCCAAAGUGGUAAAAGAGAAGAAAGCAAUUGCUAAAUAUGCGGCCGCUCUUCUCUUGAUUUAA